AUGUAUCUGAUAGUUCGCGUGGAUAACCCUGCCAUUAUUAGCCGGGAUGCAACAUCGACACCGAAACCAGUCUGGGAAGAUGCCGACGGCAAUAAGAUGACUCUGAAAAAGGUCUGGGCAGAUGCCAAUGGGAAAGAAAUCGACGAUGAGGAAUAUCAGGAUCGGAAACGACGCAUGAAGGAGCGUGAAGAGGCCAGGUCGGACGAAGCAAAGCCGUCCUGCUGUGGUUCUGGAAAAGCCCAUCCCGAGCCCGAGUCGCCCAAAGGUGGUUGUCGACAUCGUCAAAACGUUGCAGCGAUACAGCCUCAUCCCGUCCUUGUGAAACCCGAGCCCGACCGUGUCCAGGAAGUUCAAACUAAAGUUGAAGGAGCAUCCUGGAAGUCCAAUUGUUCUUGCGGGUCUGGCUGUUCCUGUCUUUACUGUCCCGAUCAUCCCAACAACGCAACAUCAAUUAAUCACACCCAGCGACAAGUCAAGAACCUCGCAGAGCAGGCAUAUAUUGGGAAUCAAAGUCUAACUCCGGUCCCCGCUAUGUCUCAGAACAACCCAAGGUCAUGUAUGGGCGGACAACCAUCCUUUUUCCUGUCAAGAACACCCGCUGUAUCUCAACACCAGUUGCAGCAGUUCUUUUCAGACACACUGAAUCCGAAUGCCAUUUAUUUGACAUACCCUAUACAGCAGCAUUCAUGGAGUAACCGGCCUCUCAGUUCACAUUGUUCAAAUGUACAUUCACCGUCUAGUAGGAUGGGCAUGUCACCAAAUGAGGUAUAUGCCGAUCCAUUAACCGAUACUCCAACUCCAUGGGACCUUCUACCCAACGAAUCCAAUGGUACAUGGAAUUUCUCAGAUGGACAGCUGGGAGACAAUUCCUUCAGCUGGACAGAUUUUGAGGCUUCCUAUGGAACCGACUAUGCUAUUGGCCAAGCCAGAGUGGCAUCCAUGCCAAACGCCCAUGACCUCCCCAUCUUCCAACCUCAAUCAGCUCUGCAAACACCAUCGAUGAAUGCAGAUAUGUCCUCGAUCUCUAGCCCACCACUGCUUAGUGGAUUCCCCGACACUCUGCCGCCUUUCAACUCCCAAGAACCAUUUGUGAGUCUGGACGAGGCAGCCACCCAAGAUCCGUCCAGCCAAAGUAUACAGGCAAGCGUUUUCAGCCCUGGAACGCUUGCCGACUUCUCGACCCCCUCACUACCCACCUUUCCUGUCUCUCACACCCCUGAGCUUGAUUUACCAGACCCUGCUGCACAAUUCAAUACGCAGAUAAGUCAUGUCAAUGGAGACCCCAGAAAUUGGAACGGGAAUGGUUAUACUUUUUUCCAAGAGAGUCAUACCGACUCGGACUUGAGUCGAAGACCAGUACCGACAUCUCCAGCAAUCACGAGCAAUGCCCUCUGA